UAAGAUUUUUUUGAAAGGAGAUGGCCCAAUGUUGAUGAUGACGGGCCCGUACAGUAGAGGUGAUCCAAGCAGGCAGCAUCCCAAGAAUUCAUUCAUUCCUACAGCCAAUUUGCCCUUCUCCUCCUCUACCCGCCGCUCACACACAGAAUAACUGCCAAUGGCAGAGGAAGAAACUUCCUCGCCUUGCAUCAGAGAAGAUGCUGGAAAGUUUCAAUAUGGAUGCGAGCAUUACCGCAGAAGAUGCAAAAUCCGAGCUCCUUGCUGCCAAAAAAUAUUCUCCUGCCGUCACUGUCAUAACGAAGCCACUAGUGCGAUGAGCAAUCCUGAUGAUCGUCAUGAAAUCGUUAGGCAUGAUAUUAAACAAGUUAUAUGUUCACUUUGCAAUAUCGAGCAGGAGGUUGCUCAGAUUUGCUCCAACUGUGGAGUCAAGAUGGGUGAAUACUAUUGUGAUAUAUGCAAAUUUUAUGAUGAUGAUACUACUAAAGGGCAGUUUCAUUGUGAAGGAUGUGGGAUUUGUAGAGUUGGGGGUAAAGACAACUUUUUCCAUUGUGAGAAGUGUGGUUCUUGUUAUCGAGUGGAAUUGCAGAAUAAUCAUUCUUGCAUUGAGAACUCGAUGAAGAACCACUGCCCAAUCUGUUAUGAGUAUCUUUUUGACUCUGUUAAAGGUGCAACAGUUAUGAAGUGUGGACAUACUAUGCACUUAGAUUGUCUCAAUCUGAUGGCUGAACAAAAUCAGUACCGUUGUCCAAUCUGUUCCAAGACUGUGCUGAAAGUGUCACAUUAUUGGAGAAUGCUAGAUCAGGAGGUAUAUUUCUCUGUUUCUUCUACACAGUUAUCACAUGGCAUGCCAAAAACACUUGAGCUGUUCUUCAGUGGGAGAUUGUGACAUUAUAUCAGGCUCUGAAAUUUUGUGAUUGGGAACAGUUGGUAUAUAGGGACAUCAGACUGUAUCACCUGGAUAGGCACCUUUUUUUGAAGUAAAAAUUGACUGCAUAUAUGUACUUAUUUGGUGUGUUGCAGUCAAGUAAAUACUGAAAAGUAGUCAAUGGAUGACAUGGCAAUGCCAAAGAUCAUCUGAAAGGUGCAAAUACCCUUUUUGUUACAUAUUUGGCCAUGUUCCCAUUUCCACUUGCCCCCUUGCCUGGAUCAUCUGCUUUAUUUGCAUUAUUAUUGAACAAUUUUGGGCACUGCUGAAAUAAACUAGUGAGAACUUGACCAAGCUUAAAUAACUGCUUUGGGAGCCUAGAUACUCGUCAGUGGUAGCCAUAAAUUGCGUGCAUGCUUUCAUUGUGACCGACUGAUGCGAAGAAACUACUGAUUUUUGUACAA